CAAUGGAAUCUUCACUGCCUCUGGCUACUGAUAGCUUUUCACACAGUUGGCUAUCAGACUUCAAGCCUUCUGUGAACUGCCUUGAAGAGCCUCUCAGAGCUUCCAUGAACUCUGAAGGUUUAAUAAUGGCGAAACCCCAGAGCUUUAACUUUGAUUUUUCUGUCACUCUCUCACCAUCUGCUGGUUUUGCUCAUGCUGAUGAGCUUUUCUCUGAUGGCUUUAUCAGACCUGUUUAUGGUAAUACUUCAAAGAUAAGAUCUUGCAAUACUCCUGAUUCUACACAAACCAUGCCUAGUUCUUUCUUUUACUCAGGAAUUGUCUCUCCAAGAGGUGUGGGGACUCAUCAUCAUGGGUUCUUCACAAAGUGGAGAAAAUCCACGCAGAAAAUCUUGAGAAGCACCUUUGGGUAUUUCAAGCAAUUAGGGAGGAGAGUAGGGUGCUCGAGGGAAAGUACUAGAGUUGGUGACUUUGAGAAGACGGAGUGGGAAGUGAAUAGUUGGAGCAUUUCACAGCAAGCAUCUCCAGUAUCAGUUAAAGAUUAUUCUAUGGGUGAUCUGUUUGAUCAUGAGAACUCAAUUCAUGAAGCAGUCCUUCACUGUAAAAGAUCAAUAGGAAAAUAAUCUUUCAUCAGCAGAUAAAGACGAGAAUAGAGAAGAGAAGUGAAGUGGUUGCUCCAGAUGUGCAUGGAAGCUGCUCAGGCCUCCCCAACUUGAUCUAUAUCUCUUCUGUCUUCUCUUGGAUUUUACACAUAUCGGUCUGCUGAAAGAAGUUUUCUUAGAUGUAGGAGUGAGUGAGGAUAUAUAAAGUUUAAUGGUACUCGCUGUACGCAUUUUAGAUGUAAGAAUAACAAUUUUUCAGCACU